AUGAAGCUAUUUGGACGCAAGUCAGCGGCCCCGGCGCGUAUGGGCCCCGUCGCAACAGCCGAUACGAUUCGUAAAUUGCGUGAACAGCUCGAGUCACUUGAGAAACGUGAACUUCAUAUUGUUAAGAAAAUUGCAUUGCAAUUACAAGAAGCCAAGCACAAAAGCGCAGCAAAAGACAAACGUGGGGCGAUUUUUGCAUUGAAACGGAAGAAAAUGUAUGAGGCUGAAGUGGAAAAACUGCAGGGGGCACGUAUGACGUUAGAGACACAAGUUAUGACACUUGAGAGUGCACAUGUGAACAUGGAAACGUUCACGGCGUUACGAUCUGGUGCUGAGCAAAUGAAGGCCAUUCACGGCCAGAUGAAUGUCGACAAGGUGGACAAUAUUAUGGACGAUAUUCAAGAAGAAAUGGCUACAGCAGAUGAAAUUGGACGUGCCAUCUCACAACCUCUUGGCUCACAGCUCUACGAUGAUGAUGAGCUUGAGGACGAGCUUCGUGAAAUGGAAGAGCUUGAGCUGGAAGAAAAGACACUGGAGCCUGUUGUAGCCACACCAAGAGACGCACCGGUGAAGGACAGAGCGCCAACGCUUCCAGUUGCUACUCCAACAGCUCCGUCAGCGUCUCCUGCACCGACGGCACAGUACAAUUUACCAGAUGUACCAACUCAUACUGUCGAGUCCAAAAUUAAUGUGGUGGGCGACGCGGACGAAGAUGAACUGGAAGCGUUGAGGAAGCUUGAAGCGUCCAUGGCGCUGUAG